CAUUGAUGAUCAUGAUUCAUGAAUAUUCAAAGUAACAAAAAAUUUCAACAAUCUCAUCUCAUUACAUCAUCAGAUCCCACAAAAAGCAGACAAGCAGCCCAACAAAGGUGGUAACAUUUUUGUCACCAGUCAACUCACUCUGAUCUCAUCUCAUCUCCCCGCCCACAUCUUUGGAAUCGAAACCUUUUCUUCUUUCUUCUCACACUCAUCAAUUUUCAUCUGUCUCUCUCAGACAUUAACACAAACACUUACCAUGUCUUUGUUUAGAACUCUCUCAAAACGUUACUUCUCCACCACGAAACCAUUUCUCAAACACACAAACACUCUCCCAUCUCUCACUCUUCUCUCUCGCUUCUCCUCAACCACCGAUUCCACCGUUCCGGUUCGUUAUGCUGCGCUCGGACCCACCAAGCCACACGAGAAGCCACGCGUGGUGGUUCUCGGGACCGGUUGGGCCGGGUGUAGAUUCAUGAAAGGUUUGGAUUCUAAAAUCUAUGAUAUCGUUUGUGUUUCACCUCGUAAUCAUAUGGUUUUCACCCCUCUUUUAGCUUCCACGUGUGUUGGAACUCUUGAGUUUAGAUCCGUUGCUGAACCUGUUGCAAAGAUUCAACCUGCUAUUUCUAAUGAACCUGGUUCCUUUUUCUUCCUUGCUAAUUGUACCGGUAUCAAUGCUGAUAAACAUGAGGUGCAAUGUGAAACUGUAACUGAAGGAACACAGACACUAGAACCUUGGAAGUUUACAGUAUCCUAUGAUAAGCUAGUAAUUGCAUUAGGAGCUCAACCAACCACUUUUGGAAUUCAUGGAGUUUAUGAACAUGCAAUUUUUCUUCGUGAAGUUUACCAUGCACAGGAAAUUCGUCGGAAAUUGCUCCUGAAUUUGAUGAUGUCUGAGGUUCCAGGGAUUUCGGAAGAGGAAAAGAAAAGGUUGUUACACUGUGUGAUUGUGGGAGGUGGUCCCACUGGAGUUGAAUUUAGCGGUGAACUUAGCGACUUUAUUAUGAGAGAUGUUCGUCAGAGAUAUGCUCAUGUGAAGGACUAUAUCCAUGUUACUUUGAUUGAGGCCAAUGAGAUAUUGUCUUCCUUUGAUGUCCGACUCAGGCAAUAUGCCACCAACCAGUUGACAAAGUCAGGAGUCCGACUUGUUCGUGGCAUUGUGAAAGAUGUUGAAGAAAAGAAGAUUAUACUAAACGAUGGUACUGAGGUUCCAUACGGAUUGUUAGUAUGGUCAACUGGAGUUGGUCCAUCACCUAUUAUCCACUCAUUGGAUCUCCCUAAAUCCCCUGGUGGAAGGAUUGGCAUUGAUGAGUGGCUCCGUGUUCCUUCGGUACAAGAUAUCUUCUCAAUAGGUGACUGCUGUGGAUUUGUUGAAAGUACAGGAAAACCAACACUUCCUGCUCUAGCCCAAGUAGCAGAGAGGCAAGGUAAAUAUUUAGCAGGCUUAUUAAACAAAGUAGGUAAAGCCAAUGGAGGCCACGCAAACAGCAUGAAAGACAUGGACUUAGGGGGUCAGUUUGUUUACAAGCACUUAGGAAGCAUGGCAACUGUUGGCAGUUACAAGGCUCUAGUAGACCUAAGACAGAACAAGGAGGCAAAAGGAUUGUCUCUAGCAGGUUUUAUGAGUUGGAUUGUUUGGCGUUCGGCAUAUCUAACUCGUGUCAUUAGCUGGAGGAACAGAUUCUAUGUAGCUAUUAACUGGGCUACAACAUUUGUUUUCGGUCGUGACAUAAGCAGAAUAUGAAAGUUUUAAAGGUUAUUAUUAAAGGAAUAAGUGAGAUGAGUUUCAGUUAGUUAAACAACAACAAGGGGCUAAACUAGUUCAUGAUACUUGCUACUUUAGUGAAAGGGAAAGCACACAAAAGAUGGCUUGAAGGAGAAGGCAAUAAAAUAUGACAGUCUUUGGUCAAUUAUAAUUGUAAUCAUGAUUCAAUUUUAGGCAUUAUGUAUAUUAGUUACUCAACACCAUGUUUAUAUAAAAUUUUCAACAUCAAACAAAAACAAUGUUCUUCACCAAUUGUGCAUUCAAAAUGAUGUGUGAAACUCCAUUUGGAUA